AUAAAAUAUUUUUUUGAGAUGAAUUCAACAGUUUAAGAUUAUUUAGACUUUGAAUUAAGAUUGUAGUGGAUUGGAGUACACCAACUAUGAGUCUAUCUAUGACUUAUUUCACCAACCACAUUUGAAUUCAGCAAUUCAUUUCUUUGAGGUUAUCGAAAUUAAAGAGAAUUAUAUGCUUGAGCUGAAUACUACGUAGCUACACCAAUUGAUCAGAAUUGAGCAACCAAAAGCAUGGCGGCGGUGUGGCAGACUGUGACGGAGGCGAUCAACAACUACACGGGUCUGUCGCCGACGGCGUUCUUCACUAUCCUGGCGCUCAUGUACGUCACUUACAAGGUGGUGGCCGGCAUGUUUGUGGCGGCGGACGACUACGCCGCCGUCAAAAGGGCUAACGAGAUUGCCCUCCGCGAGCCGGUUCAGAUGGGCGAUGUCACCGAGGAGGAUUUGAGAGCAUACGAUGGCUCCGAUCCCAACAAGCCCUUACUCAUGGCUAUCAAAGGACAGAUCUACGACGUCUCUCGUUCCAGGAUGUUCUAUGGGCCCGGUGGCCCGUAUGCACUGUUUGCUGGUAGGGAUGCAAGCAGAGCCCUGGCUCUCAUGUCGUUCGACCCCAAAGACCUUACUGGGAAUAUUGAAGGCCUGAGUGAGUCAGAGCUGGAGGUUCUGCAGGACUGGGAAUAUAAGUUCAUGGAGAAAUAUGUUAAGGUUGGUCAAUUAUUUUCCAAGAAUGCCUCAUCGGGAUCCAAAGAAACUGAAAAUGUUGGUGAUGAAGAUAAAUCAGAAGAAAACAAAGCAGAGAAAUGAAUUGCAGCAGUAGGAGACAUCGAUGACCAAAUACUUCUCCUCGCCUUUUUGGGCUAACAGCAUAGUCUCGCAUAUCUCCAUCGAAACUGUCUUGAUAUUUUGUUUAGAAUGCUUUGAUCAGUUAUGGUGACUAGACUGGUUUGUAUGGAAAAUUGGUAAUAAAUCUCACUAUUUCCUCUA